AUGGCGACAGAGUUCCAUAACCUGCAGCAGCUCAGGCAAAGUGCGUCUCUGGCCACAAGAGUUUUCAUCCAGAGAGACUACAGCGAGGGAACAGUGUGCCGCUUCCAGUCCAAGUUUCCCCCGGAGCUCGACACCCGGAUCGAGCGGUGUUUGCUGGAGGAGACCGUGAAGACACUGAACACUUUCUACGUCGAAGCAGAGAAAAUCGGAGGCCAGUCUUAUCUGGAAGGAUGCUUGGCCUGUGCCACGGCUUAUUUCGUAUUUUUCUGCAUGGAAACGAAAUAUGAGAAGAUUUAA